AUGCCGCGAGAGUUGAAUACGGUACCGGAUGGAGCCAUUAUCCUUCCUUUGACCUAUAACGACUUCACAGCAGCCUACUAUGCUCCAUUCCAAGUCGGCACACCUCCUCAAACCGAAUACCUCAAGGUCGACACCGGCUCUCCAACAUUAUCCUUUCUUGAUCCGCGAAGUUCGUUUUGCGAGCAGUCCAAUCGUCCGUGUAUGACAUAUGGCACAUUCGACAAUGAAACAUCAUCUACUUGUCGCUAUCAAGGCACAGGCUUCGCAGAUGAACUUGAGGACUUCGGUUCUGGUGUUUAUCUGAGAGACACUGUAACACUACAAGGUAUAACUACCGAGCACGUUGACUUCGGCUAUCUCACCUCCUAUGGCAAUCCAAGCGGGAUUAUUGAUCCGGCAGCAACUAUUGCAGGCUUCGCCACGAACUAUCCUCCUGAAAAGGGACCUUAUCUGUUGGCGCAAUUGAAGAACGCAUCAACCAUCAACCGUAGAUCUGUCAGCGUUUACCUGGGAAAUGACACUGGCACUUCAGGGGCAUCUCAAAUCAUCCUCGGUGGAUUCUAUGACAAGGCUAAGAUGGCCAGCAAGCCCUUCACAGUCGAGAUGGUGAACCCAAACAGUCAGACACUUGCCAAUGGAGAGACAAAUUCAGUCAACGUCACUCAAAUUGAAGUCGUUGUCAAUGGGAAGACCACAACCUUCAAUCCGGGACCUUCGCCAGAUAUCGGACAACCCACUCUUCUCGAUACCGGAAACCCACUGUGGAUUCUGCCCACUCCGGUAUUUGCUGCCGUUGCAGCUGGCCUCGGCAACUCUACCGCCAGGAACUACACUGGCGUGGGUUUCGUGGACGUUGACUGUAAGUAUCGCUCUCCCAAACACGCCAAUGGUCAUGUGACCACUACGUUUGGCAGUGCUGGCAAGAUAGAGGUGCCUUUGCACUCGCUGGUAGAGAAAUUCUCGGGGGGCAAUUGCGGUGCUCAUAUCUUCGAGAUUGACGUAGGCAAUGGCACAACGGCGUUUGGAGCACCAUUCCUUCGUAGCGCAUAUGCUAUCUUCGAUCAAGAGGCUCUGACUAUCAGCAUAGCCCAGGUCAAGCAUACUCAUGAGGAGCAUAUUGUUGCACUUCCCGAAGGAGGAUUUUAG